ACUUCCGCUUCCGGGUCGCGACUAAGCUUGGGGGGAAGUGAGGAGGGGGAGGGAAAUACUCGUUUGUAGCCGGAGGUGCCGCCGCUGCUGUCGCCAUAGUCCUCGUUCUUCGUCCUCGCUAUGCCCAAAGGAGGUAGGAAAGGGGGCCACAAAGGCCGAGCGCGGCAGUACACAAGCCCUGAGGAGAUCGAUGCCCAGCUCCAAGCAGAGAAGCAGAAAGCCAAGGAGGAGGAGGAAGAGCAAGAGGAAGGAGGUGAUGGGGCAACAGGCGAACUCAAAAAGAAGGAGAAAUCGCUAGAUUCAGACGAGAGUGAGGAGGAGGAGGAGGAUGAAGACUACCAGCCAAAGCACAAGGGAGUGGAAGGCAUGAUAGACAUAGAGAAUCCCAAUCGCGUUGUACCAACAGCCAAAAAAGUCACUCAGAUAGACAUGGAGAGCCCCAGGGAAUUGUCACGGCGAGAACGAGAAGAAAUUGAAAAACAGAAAGCAAAAGAGAGGUACAUGAAGAUGCACCUCGCUGGCAAAACAGAGCAGGCGAAGGCAGAUCUCGCCCGGCUAGCCAUCAUCCGGAAACAGAGGGAAGAGGCGGCAAAAAAGAAAGAGGAAGAAAGGAAAGCUAAAGACGAAGCAGCUUCAGCAGGCAAAAGAUUGCAGUCCCUGUCCCUUAGCAAGUAAGCGCAGGCCACACGAGAGGAGGGAAUUUCCCAGGAUCUGUGCCUGUCUGCCGCCUGCCGGGCAGUCUUGACGCAUCAACAUACCCGAGAGGCAGCGUGGAGAGCACGGCAACAAUCGGCGUCAUCUUCACUUCUAAGAGACACUGACAGCAGUGUGUUUGUCUUCAUCUGGGCACAGAAUUCCAUUUGGGGGGGAGGGAAA